GAAAAAUGCCUUCACACGCCGCAACAAAGUCGGAGGCAAAAGACCCCUUAAUUUAAGCACGACUUACAAAGUGAAAGUGCACAAAUGGGGGUGGACGUCAUCCUCUGCAUAAUUCUGCUCGGCUUCAUCGGCAUCUUUGGUGGCUUCGCGGCGUACGGAUGUUACCGGUGUUUUACUGAUAAAGUCGAGUCUCGCAUCCACUCUGAAAAUUCAUUAAAGAAACACGAGCUGUUUAAACGAUACAAAAAAUCCCCAAUGUUCCCGUGUUUUCGGAAUGGUGCGAAAUAUUCGCGACAUUCGUCCCCUUCUUCCACCACGAGCACGUCCUCCUUCACGGGGACGAUUUACACCGUAAAAUCCGGAUUAUCCGAGUACUACAGGGAAAUGGAGGAUGGAAAAGUGCCUUUCGACUUGUUACGGGCGUACAACAAUAAUAUGAAAGAUUUCAACACGACUAACUCACGAGUUUUAGACUGGACGAUACACAACGAAUUUGUAGCAUCGAAGAAAUCUAAGCAGCCUGCUGAACAGGAAAUAAUUAGAGCUGUAACUGCACCCGUUUAGUGAGAGGGACGACGCUCAUUUAGUGUUAAGUGAUCCUAAAUAUGCAACGUAUUUAUGUGCCUGAUGCUCAAUCGUAUAGAAUAAUUCUCAAAUAGCGUAGAUUUUCUGGGCAGUUUAUGCUUUUUUAGUGGUGGCAAUAAAAAGAAAGUAAUUAUCGUCAA